UGGCUAAGCGGAUCGUUUGCUGAUGGGGAUCGGGCCCUGUUGAAUCUAUCGUGUCGCUUGUGACCAUGAUUAUUUGUGUGUGUUUGAAUGAAAAGUCAUAAAACGCCAAAGAUUAGCCGUUUAAUGGCCACUCAAAAGCGAAACAACGAAAUUAUUUAAAGAGAAAAAAAAAGUCUUUAGAAAUCGAAAUAAAAUGUUUAACCUUAAUUGGUUCGAUGUGAUACCUGUCCUCGUGACAUUUUUGUGCAUUCUGCUUGUGCAAGUCUUAAACAUUUAUUUGCACAUACUAAACGAUGAAGUUGAUAACAAGAAUAUUGAUUUAGUGCUAAAGCAAAGAGAAUUAGAUUUCUCCACAACGGAUAACACAGAAGUCACACCCUCAACACCAUCAUCAACAAAUGGCAAAUUGGAGAAACAGACGAGCAUCUUGGAUAGUGAUAGUGGCAUCUCAUUGAAUUCCAUCAAUACAUCUACAACAACAACAACAACAACCACACCACCAGCAGCCACAGCAUCAACAACAACAACAACACCCACAUAUAGCACACACAAUGGUUUCCUUACACACACGCUCAGUUUUGAUACAUUCUGCGAUGAGUACCAUGAAGAUGAAGACACAAUAUCGCUAGAGAAUCUCUUUCCCUGCGAUCAGACCGAGAUACAUGCAUCAAAGAAAAUCAGUUUCAUUAUCGAAGAACUGCUGCAAACCGAAGUGAAUUAUGUCAAUAACUUAAAGAAAGGCUUAGAGAACUAUGGCUAUAAAUUGCAAGAGGAAGAAGAUUUGCCCGACAAUCUGCGAGGACAGCAGCGACAGCAGCAGCUCUUGAGCAAUAUAUCGGAAAUCUUAAAAUUGCACGAACAAGAGAUAUUGCCACUCAUGAUGCGGAAUCAGAGAGAUCUGAAAGGCCUUUUUGAUGAGUUUGCCGCACACUUUGAAAAAAAUCAUUUCUAUUGUUAUGUGACAUUUACCAUGGGCAAAAAGUCAUCAAUGCAGCUGCGUCAAGAGAACAGAGAAUUUCUGUUGAAUUAUCAAACAUUAAUAAAAGACAAACUGGGCAUUGAUAGUUUUCUAGUGCAGCCCAUACAAAGACUGACCCGUUAUCCUUUGCUAUUGCAGCAAUUCAUAUCGGAAUUCUAUAAAAGUGGCAUCAGUUGCAAGCCCGUGCUGACUGCCGUUUGUAAGUUGGAGACACGUAUGCGUCGUGCUCUGGAUGUGGUCAAUCAGGCCGAGGAGAUACCCAAUAUCGACGAGCUAAAUGAGUUCGAUUUACUGCAGCAGGGCAACUUUCGACGAUCAACAGAAUUCGAUGCCCAACAUUUUCCCACAAAGAAGAAAUAUCGCUCAAAAGUCUUUCUCUUCGAUCGUUGUCUUGUCUGUGCGGAAGUGCGCAAGAAACGUUUAACCUAUCGCCAUCAUUACAAUUGGGAGCAUGUGGAAUUACAGCGUCCUCUGGAUGCUCCCACCUCCAAUGCCAAUAAGAUUAUCAAUUUGCUGAUCAAACAAAGUCAUCUGCAGCAGUUGGAGAAGGAUAAAAGCAAUGGAGGCGGCAGCGUUAUCACUCUGCCAGGUGGCAAGCGAGAGGAGUAUUCCUUUGUGGCCUCGGAAUCUUCGGUGGUCAAGCAAUGGCUACAGGCCACCCAUAAGAUCAUUGAAAUAGCCCGCCAUGAACAUGCCCAGCGUAAUACUUUCUCCCUGCCCAUGCAUUUAGUUUUGGGCGUGUUUUUAGCCAUUUGGCUAAUAUGGCAAUAUGUUUAGGCAGUUAAGUUAAGAUAGAAUAAAAAUUAAGUUAUUUCCCCAUCAUAAAA